CUCUGUCACCUCUUCAGAACAAAGCUGUUACAGUCUGAGCCAGUGUGCUGCUGCAGUGUUAGUGACACCGAUGGCACUCUUGUUGUUUGCGUUCCUCCUGUCGGGUGCAUGUUUUGCUUUCCCACCAACACGUUACUCAGCACAGCAUGCUUUGUUGAAGAGGCCUCCACUUGCACAGGAGCAGCAGAAGACUCUGGCUCAGGAACCGGAGCAGGUGAACACUGUCAGAGUGACCUGCCUCCCAGACUCACUGGAGAUCGUGAUCAAGGCCGACCUGUUUGGAAUUGGAGCUCCUGUGGACGGUGACGAGCUUCGCCUGGGAGCAGAGUUUAAUGACUUCUGCAGAGCUACAGCAGUGUCUUCAGGCGACGAGUACACCAUUGUUGUUGGGUUAAUGGACUGCGGCACCAAGCACUGGAUGACCGAAGACUCUCUGGUCUACACAAACCUCCUCAUCUACUCUCCUGCAGCCUCUCCUGAUGGCCUGAUCCGGAUGGACCAGGCUGUCAUUCCGAUUGAGUGUCAUUAUGAAAGGAAGUACAGUUUGUCCAGUUCUUCACUUACACCAACCUGGUUCCCGUUCAUGUCGACUCAAGCUUCAUUGGAAACCUUGACGUUUGACUUAAGAAUUAUGACAAGUGACUGGUUAUAUAAAAGGGGUUCGAAUGUGUUUUUCCUUGGCGAUGCCAUCAACAUUGAGGCCUCGGUCAGGGUUGGUUAUCACAUGGGGCUCCGUGUGUUUGUGAGCAGCUGUGUGGCCACACUCGACCCGGACUUGUACUCUGUUCCCAGAUACGUCUUUGUUGAGCAUGGGUGCUUGGUUGACUCCCAGCUUCAAGGUUCACGGUCCAGCUUCUUGCCCAGGACACACGACGACAAGCUCCACAUGGUCAUCGACGCCUUUAGGUUUCAUAAUGAGGAGAGGGGACAGCUCUACAUCACCUGUCAGCUGAAUGCUGUACCCCUGAAUGACGCAGAGGCCCCAAACAAGGCCUGCACUUCUAUAAAUGGAAGGUGGCGCUCGGCUGACGGUAAUGACUUCCUGUGUGGACAAUGUCAGAAGCCGAAUGAAGCUGGACAAACUCCCAGUAAACCCAGCAGCCAUGCCAAGUUUGGACCUCGUGGGUUUGCAAAACAAGAUCAUCAAGAAUCAUGGAAAAGUGGACUGAAGACUACAAAAUUGUGGCAACAAGAGGCGAGUGUGGGCCCAGUGCUGGUACUGCCAGCUAAACAGGAUGUGCCUCUACCUGUGGAAGUGCUUCCUCUUAAAAUGGGCAGACCAAUCUAUGGCAGCCAGUGGAGGAGUGGGAUGAAUAAUAAAUUUGGUUUAAAGAAAGUACUGCUUCCAGCUCAAGCUACAUUUGACCAGGUCUUGGAGAAGGAUGACAAAAGUGAAACAGCUCUCACAGAUGUAGAAAAUGAAGUGUCUGCAGAAAACAAGUCUCCUGAGGUUGCACCGGAAUCAAACGAUUACACCACAGCAGCUCCCAGUGACGCCAACACUCCAGAUAAACUGGCUUUGACUUCACCUUCAAACACAACUGCUGUGCAAACUAACCUUUCAGAAUCCAAUGACCCAAAAAGAUAAUAAACCAUUUAAACACUAA